AUGAGCGAUAGUGCAGUCGGAAAAAAAAGUAUGACAUUUGGACUUGAUGGACUUCUGGGUGUUGUUGUAGAUGGUUGUGGGUUCAAGUUGUGCAUCGUGGUUCGGGUAGGAAAUUUGGGAUCCACAACAGUGGCAGGAACAGUGGUACCAGUCACAAAUAACUGGGACAGAAUAUUCUGUUCCAUUUUUUUAAUGGGAAAUACAGAAGCAAACGAAAGAGAAAUGGAUAACCCAGACGCAGAAGAGUGUAAGGGAGUAUCGUUUGCGUCAAAAACAACUACUGCGAAUCCUUCACAAACUCUGAUGCCCAUCCAUACUCACUCGGUUACUAACGAUUAUAGGAUUAGUCGGCAGGUACUUGGUGUGGGCAUCAAUGGGAAAGUGGUGGAAUGCGAAAGUAGAAAAACGGGCGAAAAAUUUGCUUUAAAGGUUUUACGCGAUGUGCCAAAGGCUCGUCGAGAAGUAGAACUUCACUAUGCUGCUAGUCAUCACAAAAACAUCGUCCGUAUAUUUGAUGUUUAUGAAAAUACCUACAAUCAAGUGAAAUGUUUACUUGUCGUAAUGGAAUGUAUGCAAGGAGGUGAACUCUUCACUCGAAUACAUCAGAGAGCACAAUCAGCUUUCACCGAGCGUGAGGCUGCGCAAGUAAUGUCUGAAAUCUGUUCGGCAGUUGCACAUUUGCACUCACUGAAUAUCGCACAUAGAGACAUAAAACCGGAAAAUUUACUUUAUAGCUGUGAUGGACCGUCCGGUAUUUUGAAACUAACCGAUUUUGGUUUUGCAAAACACUUGGAUUCUGUAGAUACCAGGCCAUUAGAAACACCUUGUUAUACGCCCUAUUAUGCAGCACCAGAGGUUCUCGGUCCUGAAAAGUAUGAUAAAUCAUGCGAUAUGUGGUCCAUAGGCGUUAUCAUGUAUAUUCUGUUAUGUGGUUUUCCACCAUUUUUUUCUGCAAAUGGUUUACCUAUGUCUCCAGGCAUGAAAAAUCGGAUCAGAACUGGCAAAUAUGCUUUUCCUUCGCCAGAAUGGGAUCGGGUUUCCGAAGCAGCAAAAGAUUUGAUCAGAAAGUUAUUGCGUACUGAUCCGAGUGAACGUUUCACAAUUGAACAGACGAUGAGCCAUAAAUGGAUCAUCCAUUAUCAGAAGGUUCCAGAAACUCCUCUUUUUACUGCCUCAGUACUUGAGGAAGAAAAGUCUCAAUGGGUAGAAAUGCAAGAUGAAAUGGAAAUGACUCUAGCUACGAUGCGUGUUGGCAAUGAAGAUAUCCAUAUUAAAAGUUUAAAAGAUUCAAAUAACCGUUUAUUGAACAAACGCCGUAACAAAAUAAACAAACGAUAAAAAAGAAUAGUCUAUAAUUAUGUGAGUCAUCUGUUUUUAUUGUUUGCCUCUUUCAAGUGUGUUAUCCUCAAAGUAGUAGUGUGAAUUCCAUAUUUUUAUUGAAC